AUGUCAGCUUCUACUUCCAUCAUCCCAGGUUCUUCUCAAGCAAACGAUUCUGCUGGUCAGAUCGAAAAGAAUGAUAUGUCAACCGGAAGCGACACUGCACUGAAUAGAAAAGGAAAGGGUCGACAAAUAAAUCUGGACACGGCAACUAGGAAUGUCGAGCCUGCGAGUCCCGUCAGUCCCGUCAGUCCUGUCAAGUCUUCUCUUCCCAAUCUUGCUACCGGUCCUAUAUCUCCCGUAAGCCCUGUGGAACGUGUGGAGCCUAAAAACUUUGCUGGAUUGCAACCCGAACAGGCUAUUGGCACUGCGAAUCCUGAGCAAGCAACACCUGCUUCCUCCGCUCAAAGUGAUACCGACGGACAUUCUCAGCCCAUAUCCAUUGUCAAACCAAACCUUGUAAACCCUAAUGAGUACGACUCGAUUUGUCAGUUACCAAAGGGAGAAAAAUCUGUUUGGGCCUCUAGAUUCCAGCGGGCCCAUUUGGCACAAAAGAGACAAGAGGAAGAGUGGGAAAAACUAUCAACACAAAUUGGCCAGCCAAUUGACGGCGAGGAUUUGAAGUCUCAUCAUACAUCGUAUUUGAAAUCAAUCAAACCAUUUAAUGAUACUAUCGCAAAAAUCAAUCACGAAAUCUACGAAGAAAACAAGAAAAUGCAGAGGGAUGAGUCCUCCGGCACUUUGGUUCCAAUACCCUUGCGUGGACCUUGUUUGCAAAGGUUGAGAGUCGCAACCUUACAGCUCAAAUCAAACAGUCCUGAUAAUGAAUGGGACGAAAAAAGCAGCCAAGAGCAUUGGGAACUUGUUUGUGACAAACUCACCUUUUACCAAAAAGAGGAGCUUGCUCCCAUUUGGUCAUUAUGUACUGCAUUGAUGCUCCAUCGGAACGCAAUAAUGGCCGACAGCGAUGAUUUCUUUACCCAAGAUUUCAACGACGAGAUAGUUCACAUACUAAAGAAGGAAAAUAAGAAAGUAAUGAAUUUGUUCAAUAGUAAACUCUUUCAAGGGUCUCCUGCCCAGCAACUUCGCCAAGAGUACACCAACUUCGCAGAAUUAAAGCUCCCAAAAUUUGACGAGCCUCCACAAGCGGUUUUUAAUGUGUCCAAGAAGUUUAAUGUUGAGAUUGAAGACGGUAGUGAGAGUGACGAUGGAGAUUAUCAGGAUCAAGAAAUGGACGGAAUGCAACCUGAAUCUACACCUGAUCCACCGAUUGAGGUACAAGCCCUUCGGGAAGCAUUGGGAGGAUGGGAUGGACCAUUGUCACGAUGGCUAGGAGCUAGACUUGGAAACAGACCUGCGGAAGCAGGGUUCGAAGAAUUGAUAAGUCAGACUGACAAAAACAUACUCGAGAUAUGCACUAUUCAGGGAGUAUCUCAUGAUUUCUCUCUUCAAACACUUCUUCCAAAAAUCCUACACGAAUUUAGUACUUUGGUCUCCGAUCCGAUAAUAGAAAACAUAGCUACGAGAAUCAACCCUGUUAGUGACGAUGACUGGGUCAGGUGCCAACGACGAAUAGCAGGAACAAGAGAACUCAUUAGUGCUCUGAGAGCACCGCCAAACUUUGCUGAUGCAAUGUUCUUUCCAAAUCUUCUGACUAGAGAUGUCAAUGAAGCUCAAGAUACUGAAUCUUACAACGAUGCCGAAAACAAAGCUUUAACACAAACACUCGCAAUGGAAUAUUUCAAUUCUAUUGGAGGACUGAAUGGAAUCCUGAAGAAGUUUCUAGACGGCGGAUCUGACUCUAACCAAAGAUCAGCGUUACGAAAGCUCGAUGAAAACGCAAAGUUCUUUGGGAAAAAAUGCAGCGACAGUUAUGGAAUCAAGCCAGAACAAAAUUCUUUCAUCUUGAAAGAAGAAGAUAUAAAAGAAUAUGAAAAUAUGAGGCGUUCUGUUGAUCGAGCGAGGGAAGCCGUUCUGAUAAAUCCUCAGGAUGAACGACUUGUAGCAACUCUAGAGGAUUUAUACAAGGAUAUACGAGGCAAUGAGCCAGAGCCUUUAGCUAGUGCUGUCAUAGGAAACGACCUGAAGUUCAGUCAGGAUCUCCAGAAACUGAAAGCUGCAGGGAAAAGUACUGUAUUCAAGCCAUUAGUGGUCAACGAUGGAACUCUCAGUAACCAAAAAAGUAAUUCCAGAUUCAUUACGCCAAUCGCAUGGAAAUCUCCUCCCGGAACCAUCAUCGAAAAUGGUAUCGAAAAGAAAAUCGUGGGGUUUCGGCCGGUGGGUAAUGGUGAGCAAUUGCUGCUCGAAUGGCGCAAUGAGGGUGCCACGCGCGAUGCAUUCGAACUGGUCGCAUCAAGCGUUUACAAAGGUAAACGCAAAGAAUACAAUGGGGGUAAAAUGGAAGUUGGGACCAAAAGUGAACUGAAAAGUUAUUCCUUGAGGGAUUGUGGUUUUGGUGGGGUUGCUCAGGUUCGCCGCCGUGAUACUACAACUGAAUUCAUUCGUGCACCGCCGGCUUACAUUUUCAUCUGCCACAAGGGCGUAGAAAAAUGGUUUACCAAAUCGGAUAUAGUCUCGAUAUUUGGUGGCCAGAUUGAAGAGGCCAUAAGAGAUUAUAACAAAGAGGCACGCCAGACACUGUUGACAGGGAACGAUGGAUGGAAAAACUCAAGACAUAUUGGGUGGAAAAACUCAGUUCCACUGAUCACUGAUUCUAGGCUCAGUAUAGCGAAUGAUGAUGACUACGUUAUACCGCACAAUGGAAGACGUUUGCUUAGAAAUAACGUUGUAAGCGAGAACAAUUCCCCUGCCACAGAGGAAGAAGAGAAGGACGAGGAAGAAGAGCAACGGGAGGAGCUUAGACUGUUCGAGGAAUUCAAACGUUUCCGAAAAGCUGCCAUGGGUCGCGCAGGAAGGGCAUAA